AAUAUUCCUUCUCGCUGUUUCAGUUUCGACAUCGUGGCGGUGCUGGGGUGGUGCCUGGUGGCACAUGGACGACCAGCACAAGGAAGAUGUUGGCCGCCCCCUUCAACGAAGAAACCUCCGUGAAACCCGGUUCAGCACCUGGUCCCUUCAAGACCAAGGAAGCACCAAACUACGGGACAAGCAACCGAUUCUCGGAUCAUGACAACCGAAACUCCUUCCAGUACCAUGGCGUGUAUCUAGGCAACGGACGAGACACGAGACUGUUGGGGAAACACUUGAUCCCGAUCAACAUGCGCCUCCACCACACGGAACCCGACUUCAUCAAACACUAUUCUUUGAAACCGGUCGACAGGAACUUCGACUCGCUGUACCACGACUCGUUCGAGGGCAAACCCACGCCCUUCCCGCCCGUCCAUCGGAGGUUUCCCAAAACGUACAAGGAACCUGCCGAGGGACCGAUCAAACUGGACACGACCACGACAGACCGGUUCAGAAGCCCGGAUGUUCCAUAUAAGACGCCAUUACACGUGCUAGCGUUGUCGCAGGAGCCCUUUCCCAAACACAAUCGUUGGAAAUAUUCGUAUCAGCCACUCAAUAGAGUUUACCCACAGUACGACACGACGACGAAACCUCUAGUAGACAACAUCUUCAACCGUUACGGAGCUGACUUUAUGACACAAGGAGAGAUGAAUAAUAGUUUUAUAUACUAAUUAAUAUCCAAGUGUGUAUUUUCACAACCAUUACGGAACUGACUUUACGACACAAUGAGAAAUGAAUAACAGUUUUAUAUACUAAUUAAUAUUCAUGAAUAUAUUGUCACAACCGUUACGGAGCUGACUUUAUGACACGAUGAGAGAUGAAUAAUAGUUUUAUAUACACUGUACUAAUUAAUAUGCAUCUAUAUACUGCCAUACCCGUUUUCAGCAAUGAUGCUCACUGUAGUGCUUUGCUUUAGCACUGGUGACAGUGAAUAUAGUUCUAAUCUGCGCUUGGGGAAAUUGUAUGCAUAUAAAACUAGAGGACACGCGAGCUACAACCUUUUAUGUCAUAUACUGAUGCAAAAAAAAAGGCAACACAUGGAGUUGUUGAGCAAAUUUAAGUUACUGCUAGAUAGUAAUAUGGGUCUAAAUUUCAAAAGUUUCAACUUCUGAAACUAUGGUUUGAGAUUUGUUUUGUUUUCACUUACUAUUUGUGAUUCUUUAUUCCUUUCCAUCAUGUAAUAUAUAUUUCAUAUAUACUGUACGUUCAUUCAAAUUGAAUAAUUAUGUUUAGAUAAUUUAAUUCGCUGCAUGAACGUAUGCAUUGAGAGCACUAUAGUAUACUAGAAUGUAAUAUUAAAACUAUUAAGAAGCAUCAUUUUUAUUAACUAUUUGGGGGUGUCAAUAAGCGUACUAGACCGGGGGGGGGGGGCAGGGCGGGGGGGGGGGGAGCAGGGCGGGGCAACUGCCUCUCCCCAGUGCUGGAGCAAAACAUAAAAUUCGGGUAAAAAUUAUAUAAAUAUUUAGGCAAAAUGUGCUAAACUGAGACCUUUUUACCAUGUAUUUUCAUCAUUCUACCCUCAAAAUUAAUUGUAAACAUGAAUAGUGAUUCGUUUGCAAUCUUAUAUAGUUGUAAAUGUUGUUAUCCAGAUUUCAAAAAUGGGAUCCCGUACGCAUAUUGGGGUGUCAUUGUUUGUUUUUUGUUUUUAAAAACUGUAAAAAGGAGGAAAUUAUUGUUACAUUUUCUAAUGUAUUCAUACACCGGGUUUGCAGUUUACUAAUAUAUUUGCUCAGAUUGAAUAUGACAAAAGGUCAUGUGUAGACAGGUCAGUUCCUUUGCAUCAUGUUAUCUUGACCAGCUGAAAGGAAGAACAAUGGGACGGGGUGCGUGCGUCUACCUUGGGAAAUUCUAUAUUUAUUUGUGAUAUUUUUAACUGUUAUGUACACGAUGACAUUUACUUUGUUAGACAAUUCAGUAUUAAAUAUAUAUAUUUAUUUAUUGAUAAGAAAAUAAAGUUUAUACUAAAUUGUU